UUCCCCACAAUUUGUACCUUUCAUGAUAUUGAGUGGGCUCCUUGGGGCCCAAGUACAUUAACAACAAAGCUCGACUUUGUCCAUUUCCAUCCAAUAAAGUCAACAGUCACGACAAAGAAAAAUCACCAAUCGCCAUUACAAUAACAUUCAAACCUUGCGGUGGUAACAUACUCCUUUAAACCACUCUCUCUCCUUGGCCGCCGGAUUUUCCAAUUUCAACGCCUUCUCUCUCUCUCCUCCUCAAAUCCGCCAUGGAUUUCCUCUCCCGAAAGCUCCUCCCCGACGACGACGACGACGACGACUUCAAGGAACUCUGCCUUAAAACCUGCCCCAAUAACUCUCCCGAUAAUUGCCCUUCCGAUUGCCUCGAAAAAUGCCCAAAUCUUUGUUCCCGUGGCCCGAUUUCAAUCCCGCCGCCCUAUUACGACAAAUCGCCUCACAAACUCCCCAAUUGGGUCACAGCCACCAUCGCCCUUCUCUCUUUCACCUUUCUCCUCGUCCUCUGUUACACCGUCUACGUCCGUUUCUACUCCGGCCGCCGCAGACGCCGCCAACGCCCUGACCCCCCACCGCCCACCACCCACCAGGAGGAGUUUCUCGAUGAAGAACAUGGCCCUGUUUUGGAUCACCCCAUCUGGUAUAUCCGCACCAUCGGCCUCCCACCGGCUGUCAUCAACGCCAUCGCUAUCUGCAAAUUCAAAACCGGCGAGGGUUUGAUCGACGGAACAGAGUGCUCUGUUUGUUUAAGCGAAUUUGAAGAGGAUGAGACUCUUAGACUUUUGCCCAAGUGUAGCCACGCUUUUCAUCUCCCCUGUAUCGACACUUGGCUUCAAUCCCACACGAACUGCCCCAUGUGCCGCGCUCCAGUGGUAGCUCAAUCCACUGCCGUGACCCCACCGCCGCCGCCGCCUCCGCCUCCUCUGGUCACAUCUGAAGAAACCCAGAUGAGGGAUUUACAGAUGGAAGUGGGAAAUGGAUCCAAUUCCGGCGAAUCUUCUCUAAGAAACGAAGAACAACAAGAACAAGAUGAAAUUCAGGCAGUGAGAAGAUCAGUUUCUUUAGAUUCAUUAUCAGCUCUUCGAAUCAUCUCUGAUCUUGCUGAAAUUGGUAUGAGAAAUGGGAAUGAUUUGAAGAAGAAAUCAUGCCAAGAGAGAGUGAAUUCUUCAGCUGCUAUGAACAGGUCAGUUUCUUGCAGUGGCGAAUUUGUGAUGAGAAAUUCGACACAGAGUAGUAGUUGAACUCUGUUUCUUGUUCUUGUUUGGUUUUUGGUCUCUGAAGAUGGAAAUAUGUCUAAAGAAACUCUCAGGAAGCUGAGAAAACACACACGAUUUGAAAAGAUUAAUGAUAUAUACGAUGUUGGAAACAUUUUUUUUUUUUUCUUUUUCGUGAAGUUCUUACAUUGGAUGUUUGUACAAAAUACAUUCCAAUGGUUCCAAAUUGAACUCUUCUAAAACAUAGAUUUAAGAUUAUGUUUUUUCUA